GGAUGAAGGCAUGAAAGGAAAUUAUCAUACGACGUUGGUGCGUCCGUUUAAGACGGACGUGAUAAGGAAAAACAAGAAGAAAGAAAUAACUGCGGCGUACGAAACUUUCGCAAUCAUGCAGAGGGUCGCAAUUUCCGGACUGUGAAGCGGUAGUCGAAUCACCCUGCAAAAGGUCGACAUGACCAGAUGUGGGAGCCUUGAGGGGAGAAAAAUCGGAGAAAUUUUCAUCGACGACAGGGUAAAUCUGACGAACAACAGUCUCUUCGACUACAAUCCACUCGAUGUAUCAACAGCCGUCGUAUCAGCUGAGGACAUACUCAACUUCAACUGCACUGCCAUCCUACAAGAUGAGAGCUUUUGGCUCCUCGUUGUCAAGGAUCCUCUACUGGCACUUGAAGCCUUGGCACUGCUGUGCGUGAUCCUUCUAACAGUGGGUGGAAACACAUUGGUGAUAGCAGCGAUAGCAUCGAGUCCAAGUCUGCGAGCACCAACGCAUUCUCUGAUAGUGAAUUUGGCCUGCGCCGACUUGAUAUUAGGCUUGACGGUUCUCCCGCUUUCCGCAAGCAGGGAACUCAGGGGCGGAUGGGGCCUUGGUCCAGUUACUUGUUCUCUCUGGGCAGCCUUGGAUGUUCUUUGCUGUACCGCGAGCAUACUGUCGCUGUGUGGAAUCUCGGUGGACAGGUACAUCGGAGUGUCCAGGCCGCUAACUUACUCGAGGGUUGUCACGACAAGAAGGGCGAGAUUAAUGAUAGCAACUAUCUGGCUCCUGGCACUAGCCAUCAGCGCUGGACCCCCGCUAGGCUGGGCUGAGGACAGCGUUUACGUUCCAGAAACCGGAGAGUGUAACGUCAACAAGCAGCUGGGAUACGUCAUAUUUUCUGCCUGUGGGUCGUUUUAUCUACCCGCUCUUGUUAUCCUCGUACUUUAUGGCCUUGUUUACAAGGCUGCUGUAAAGAGAUCCCGUUUUCUCGCCGCUGGAUCGGUCACCAGGAGUCACGUAACCCUCCGCAUCCAUCGUGGAAACAAGCUCUCGGAGAAUUGCGGCAGCAGUGAAUCCAGUACGAGGCUUGUGUCGGGUCCGGGGCCUCCGCAACGUUGGGCGACGCAAGGGCGUCGCGGCGCUCUUUACAGAGGACCUGCGGCGAAAUUCCGCCGACAAAAACGGGCGGCAAAAACGCUCGGGAUAGUAGUCGGAGGUUUUUUACUCUGCUGGUUUCCGUUCUUCAUUAUUUUACCCAUAGAUGCGGCUUGCGAAUCGUGCAACCUCUCCGAAAGCUCAGUUUUCGCCUUUGCUUUCUGGCUGGGGUAUUUCAACAGCUGUAUCAACCCCCUGAUAUACGCUUGCAGCAGCAGAGAGCUGAGGCGAGCUUUCCAAAGUAUAUUGCGAAGGGCUUUUCUGCUCCGAGGAAGAACUCAACGGUCUUCAGCCGCCAUGUACGCAACAGCUGUGGCGAAUUCGAACAAGCGGCAAGGCGUGUCGACCAACCCACGAGACUGAAUUUUUUCUGUGCUUUCGAGUACGAACUUUAGGGUCGACCGCGGCUCAGCCGAAGCUGAGUUGAAACAGAUGUGUUAUUUACACUCGAAGCUCAAUGCAAACAAAGCCCUUGUGGUCGCGCGAGGGUUUCCCGCCUUUGGAAGUGGAAAAAUAACAUGGAAAUAAUGCGUGUGUAUAAACUUGAAUGGUACACAGGGUGUCCGGUUUUUAUUUUCCUCUACAGAAAAU